AUGAAUGACAAAAGUAAACAACUUUUUACAUUUAUUGAAAGCACUUAUGAAACACAGGAACAACUUGAUCGUAUUUUAUACGUUGAGAAACGUGAUGCUCAUCUUUUUGAUCUUGCUCAAGGUCUUGUCUUUCGAUGUCAUAUUAUUUACUAUAAACAAAUCUCUUCAAAUGAUAUUCUUUCCGAUAAAGAUAUAAUUAUCUUCAAUUUUCAUCAUGCUUUCUUUGAUUAUCCAUCCAUGCACAUAUUUCUUCAUGAUCUCGAUCAAGCCUACAAAACAGGUCAGCUAACAACUAAUAAUGACACCACUCUACGUUAUGUCGAUUAUGCUGUUAUUGAACAACAAAUGUCAAUGACUGGUGCAAGCAUGUUUUGGCUUGAUACUCUGCAUGAUUGUAAACUCGAUCAAUCUUUAUCAUUACCAUUUGAUCGAUAUCGUCUCUCUAACAAACAUCGAACUGGUCAUACAACAUCUAUUUCAUUUGAUUUUGGUCAAGAUCUCUCACAUGACUUCCUUACUCACGUAUCAUUAAAUAACAUAUCACUUGAACAUCUCAUAUUUGCUAUUUAUUUCAUCUUUCUAUUUAAAUUAACUAAUGGACAAACAGAUCUAUGUCUGGCGAUGAACAUCAGUAAUAAUCGAUAUAGAGAUGAACUCAAAUCAAUCAUUGGGCUGUUUGAGAAUGUCAUUCCAUUACGAUGUCAGUUAGAUCCUCAUUGGUGUUUUCAUCAACUACUCGAGCAUGUUCAAGAGAUAACAACAAAUAGUAUGAAGUAUUCAUAUUUUCCUCUUCAACGUAUUCUUGAUCAACAUCCACAUAUUUCAAAACAUGCAUUUUUGGAUACAUCUUUAGAAUUUUUAUCAUGUGCUAAAAACAAUGACAACAAUGCAACAAUGAUUGGUGAUUCUCAAUUUGUUGCAGCAACUUUCUUAUUCAACGAUAAUGAAGAUGAAACACUAAGUGUAUCCGACUUCUCUCUUUCAUUUCAUCAUGAUAUGAACAUGAAUCAACUAUCAUGCACAAUUAAUGCAUCACUUGACCUGUUCAAUAGAGAAACAGUGGAAAAGAUUUCACAACGAUUUCAUUUCAUCUUGCAUCAAUUAUCUGCAUCCAUUAUUGAUAAUCAAAUAAACAAACCUAUUUAUGAAUUAUCGUUAACAUUAUCAAAUGAACAAUAUCUAAUACAAUCAUUGAAUAAUACGCAAACAACAUUUUUAUCUCCUCUCACUUGUAUUCAUCAUGAGUUUGUAUAUCAAGUCAUGAAACAUCCACAGAAACUAGCUGUUGAACUAGAUGAACAAUCAUUGACAUAUGCGGAGCUUUUUGCUUAUGUUCAGAUGUUAGCUGUUCAUCUUUUAGAUGAAUACGGUAUCAUUCCAAAUGAAGUUAUCUCGCAAUGUGUGGAACGGGGUCUAUCUAUGGUCAUUGGUAUGAUGGCAAUUGAGAUGACUGGUGGUGUAUAUUUUCCAUUGUCAUUUCGAGAUCCAGGAAAUCGUUUGCAUAUGCUUUUGCAACAAACAAAAAGUCGUCUUGUUCUUUUCCAUUAUCUGACAAAAAAUAAAUUUAACGAUAUUAUCACCACGUUAAGCAUUGAUUCUAUAUUGGUCAAUAAUAAUUCAUCUCAACAAAUUAAUAUUAAUGAAUUAUCAUCUGUUCAUGUGACUAUCGAUAGUAUAGCUUACAUUAUAUUUACUAGUGGUUCGACAGGAAUGCCAAAAGGGAUUCGAGUUCGACAUAGAAAUUUCAUUCAAUGUAUCUAUUCUUUGAUGUGCAUCGAUUCAUUUACGAACAAUGAUACAGUUAUUCAAAUGGCUAGAUGCUCAUUUGACAAUCAUAUUCAAGAAAUUAUUGGUUCAUUGAUAAUUGGAGCUACAAUAAUCAUGCUUCGUCCAAGAGGAACUGUUGAAUUGAACUAUCUUGCUGAAAUCAUGAGAAACAAACAAGUUACUUAUAUGCACUCUGUACCAAGUUUACUUGGCAACUUUUUCACUUUUCUUAAACAGAAUCAUUAUUUACAUUUCAUAAAAUACAUUAGAUCACUUUGUACUAUCGGUGAGCCAUGCUCUAUGAAGUUAGUCAACUUAAUCCUCACAGAUCUUACCCAGCAUUUUACUUUUUGGAACUGGUAUGGUUUAACAGAAACUACUGUUGCUUGCACUUUUUAUCCGGUAAACAUUAAAUUCAAUGCAGACAGUAUCCCAAUAGGACGUCCAUUGCCUAAUUAUCAACAUUUGCUUCUGGAUAAUUUCUUGCAAUGUGUCAUCAUUAAUCAAGAAGGUGAAAUAUUUAUAGGAGGUGUAGGUGUUUUUGCUGGUUAUCUUGGACGUGAUGAUUUGACACAGAGAGCUCUCAUUGAUAUCGAUGGUGAGAUAUUCUAUCGAACAGGUGAUCUUGUUCGAAUGGAUCAUAAUGGACUUCUUUAUUUUGUUGGUCGAAAAGAUUUUCAAAUCAAAUUGCGUGGACAAAGAAUUGAGCUUGGUGAAAUCGAACGAUGUUUACUUAGUAUCACAUCCAUCUCGACUUGCGUUGUCAUGAAAUGGAAAGAUGAUUAUUUAGUUGCUUAUGUUCAAUCAUCUCAUAUAAAUGAAGAACAACUACGUCAACAUUGUCAAUCUCAUCUUCCACCACAUAUGAUACCAUCAAUAUUUAUUAUACUUGAGAAAUUACCUUUGAAUCCAAAUGGAAAAAUAGAUCGAAAACAUCUACCAUCACCUGAGUUUUCAUCGUCAACUGAUAACAUUGAUGAUAAUGUGCCGCAUACUACUUUAGAAGAACAGUUACAGAAUAUAUUUAGUCAAGUCUUUCGUAUUGAAUCUCCUCAUAUUGAUGUUCCUUUUGGUCAACUUGGUGGAACGUCAUUGAGUGCUAUUCUUGCACUCUCAUUGAUUCGUCAACAGAUAUGUAAUAAGGUUGAUAUUGGUCUUUUAUUUACUAAUCCAUCUAUUCGACAAUUGGCUCAAGUAAUACAACCAUUAUUAGUUCUCGAAGAGCCACAAGAGACAGCGUCCACAGUCAAUGAAAUUCAUGAAACACAUGAUCGUCUCACACCUUCAUUUGUCAUCGAAUCUUUAGGUAUCGCACUUCUUGUUUGCCAGUGGUUGUGUCCAAUCAUGAUAAUUCAUCAAUGGUGUCCACUUCUUUUUCCUAUCUUACCAAUAUGUCAUCUUCUCUUCUAUGUCAUUUGCUCGCACCUACUAUCACCGCAAAACAUCAAAGGCGACAAUAUUUUCUCUUGGAACUAUUAUUGCUGGUGGUUUUUAGAUCGAUUAUGGAAUAAUAAUACAUUUUGGCUACAACAUAUACUUGGUACACCUUCAUACAAUUACUAUCUUCGUCUUUGCGGUGCUCGGAUUAGUGUCAAUGCACAUAUUUAUACCACAACCAUUGAUGCUCCAUGGUUGUUAGAUAUUGGUGAUGGAACUUGGAUUGCUGAUAAAACGACUCUAAACUCUUUAUAUUACAAUGAUAAUAGUACUUUUGCAUUACAUUCAAUUAAAAUUGGUUGCUAUUGUUCAAUCAGUGCCCGAUCAAUUCUUUUUGGUGGAGUUGAUAUGCAAGAUAAUAUUAUUGUUCAGCCUAUGUCAUCAGUCACUGGUUUCAUCGCAUCUCGAACGAUUAUCGAUGGUGACGAACACAAAUCGAUUUCAUCAGACAUUUCAAUCACAUGUAGUAACCGAUCAUUCUCAAUAUGGCACAAGAUCUAUCAAGUUAUUACAGUCAUCUCAUUGAUCUGUAUUCAUUGUACACUCUUAGCCAUUGUCUAUAAAGUUUAUUCAGUUGAACAAAUACCACUACCAAUUAGUAUUGCUUUUUGCUGGACUUUAUGGUCAAUUAUUGCUUGUUUUGUCACUCUCUUUCUAUUAAAAUUCGUAGUCGGCUCUUGUGCUGCUGGUGACAUAUACCCAAUUGCAUCUUGGUCAUAUUUACAUAAGGUGUGGCUUCGUCAAUUAAUUGUAUCUAGUUUUCACCAUGCCUGGUCACUAACAACUGGAUAUGAUUAUCUUUACCCUUUUAUUCUCCGUUGGUUAGGUGCUCAAGUUGAAGAUGAUGUCAAAAUCGUGGACAUAGACAUCUUCUUGUCCUAUCCAACAAAUUUAUUAAAACUUGAAACAGGCGUCACUAGUUUUGGUUACGUUUUAUUAGUUCCUACUGAGAUGACACUUGACGGUGACCAUCGUGUAGAUUGGAUAACACUCGAAUCUUAUACAAACCUUGGUAAUUUUUGUUCAAUUUUGCCGGGUAGUCAUCUUCUAUCUCAUACUAUGGUUGGCAAUUUAACACGUAUCACUCGAGAAACGAAUAGCAAUAAUGGAGAUAUUUUUAUUGGUGUUCCAGCUCGAGCCAUACCAUUUCAAAUGCCUUUUAGACAAGCAACAGAGGAUCAAAUUAAAACUAUUCCAUUUUGGAAGACAUAUUUUUCUCAUUAUUUUAAUAAAUGUCUUCUCGUAGGCAUCUAUUGGUCAUGUGGUCUUCUUGGUGGACCAAUCCUUCAUACAAUAAUUGUUUGCGGUUUAUAUCGAUGGUAUUCACAUAGUGACGAUAAAAUAAUCAAACACAUAAUAGGAAGAGUACAAGAAGAUUACCAAACUUUUAUCGGUUCAUUUCUUGGUAAUACACAAUGGUUAAUUCGGUUAUUUCGAAUAUAUGGUGCAAACAUCGGCAACAAUGUGAUUUUACCUAAUGUUUCUUCUAUUUUUGAUUACAAUCUGGUGACUAUUGGAGAUCAUGUUCAACUUAAUAUCAAUGCUAUUAUUGUGUGUCACACUUUCGAACAACGUGUUUGGAAAGUAGCUCCUGUUACAGUAGGCAACUCGUGUAUACUUAUGAGUGGGUCAAUUGUAAUGCCAGGUUGUAAAUUAAUGGGUAACAAUCGACUUUAUCCGUUUACACUCGUAAUGAAAAAUGAUUUAUUACAACCGAACACACAAUGGAAAGGACUUCCUGCACAAUCUUAUGUAGCAAAACCAAUAUUAUCUCGAUCUGUACCCGUUUGUGAUGAUGUCGUCAAAUAUCAACAGAAAUCUAACACCUUUGAUCGGCUGUCUUUGUGGUAUAAAAAAAUUUCAAGUAUCUAUACGAAUGUCAAUGAACUACAAUUUAUGAAUUGGGGUUAUGCAGAUUUGGACGAACAUAUCGAUGACAAUACUGGUUACUAUUCGAAGAAACUUUAUGAACAGGUUCUUGCUAAUGUAGCACUUCCAGAUAAAAAUAUACUCGAAGUAGGUUGUGGCAGAGGUGCUGGUGCUGCCUGGUGUGUCCAUACAUAUGCUCCUCAAUCUUAUGUUGGAAUAGAUCCUUCUCGAGAUGUCAUUAACUUAUGUGAACAAAUUUAUUCGACAAUUCCUCAACUCUCGUUUAUGAUAGCUGAUCCAAAAACUCAUUUACCAUUUCAAAAUGAGUCAAUGAAUGUAAUUCUUUCGAUUGAAACAACCAACAUUUUUGAUGAGAUAGAAGCAGUGAAGAAAUUUGUCAAUGAAAUUACUCGUGUGCUUAGUCCUAAUGGAUACUUUCUCUGGUGUGGCUUGUGUAAUGUAGAUGGUUCAAGUGUAUUGAUUGAUUAUUUAACAACAAAUGAUGCAUUUAUUAUCAAAGAGAAGGUCAAUAUUACAAGAAAUGUUCUUCAUGCACUUGACAUUCAAAGGAACUCACGUGCUGACUUUAUUGAGCGUUAUAUUCAAUCUGCAGAUCAAGAAUAUUGUAGUUUAUUAGCUGGAUUACCUGGCACUCAACUGUACGAUAAUAUGCAACAAGAACAUGCAGAAUAUUGGCGAGUUGUAUUCCACAAGAAGAUAACAAAAAAGACACCUCUUAUUUAA